GAAACUCGAAACCCCCCAACGACUUACCCGAAGAUGGUAUCGUCUCUUAGACUACCGUCUCUGACUUCCUUAUUCUCCUCUUCUUUAGUCCGCGGGUAUCCGCUGGCCCUGCGGAGGCGCCACCACAUCCGGCCGCUUCUCGCCUCCGGAUUCUCGGUCCAGAGCACUGCUUCUAGUCCGCAAGAGAGACCGAGUCGACAGCCAGAAAAGCCGGGUGCAAGACCGUCUGAACUCAGACCAGUUUAUCACGCCUCGUUCUCGGGACUUCAAUGCUUGGUAUCUCGAUGUUAUUGCAAAUGCUGAGCUAGCUGAUUACGGCCCAGUUCGAGGUACCAUAGUUAUUCGUCCCUGUGGCUACGCUAUUUGGGAAGCAAUUCAGUUUAUUCCAUAUUUGUUCAUCGAGAAGGAAGCAAGUCAUGUAGAGGGCUUCAGUCCGGAAUUAGCUCUUGUUACAAUUGUAGGAGGAAAGGAACUUGAAGAGAAACUUGUGGUUGUGGCAGGUUCGACGUACUAGUGAAACCAUAGUAAAUCACAUGUUUGCACAGUGGAUUCAUAGUUAUUGAGAUCUUCCUCUCAUGGUUAAUCAGUGGGCAAAUGUCACAAGAUGGGAGAUGUGCACAAAACCCUUUGUGAGAACUCUUGAGUUUCUGUGGCAGGAGGGCCAUACUGCUCAUGCUACACGAGAAGAGGCAGAAAAAGAGGCACUACAGAUGACCGACACCUAUACAAAGUUUGCUCAUGAGCAAGCUGCAAUACUUGUUAUUGCAGGUAGAAAAUCAAAAGUAGAGACGUUUGCUGGUGCUACCAUAACCUAUACAAUAGAGGCUAUGAUGGGUGGCCGCAAGGCAUUACAGGCUGGAACUAGCCACAAUCUUGGGCAAAACUUCUCCCGUGCUUUUGGGACAGAGUUCACUGAUGAAAAUGGACAAAGGUAACAUGUGUGGCAAACAUCUUGGGCUAUCCGUACAAGGUUUGUUGGUGGCAUUAUCAUGACUCAUGGAGAUGAUGCAGGCCUAAUGCUUCCUCCAAAGAUUGCACCAAUACAGGUAUGCAUGAACGUGGUCUGAUCUUGAUGAGGGAACCUGGAGUUUCUGUGCUUGAUUUAAACGUGCAUUGUUAAUUGUUUUAAAUAGACCAUGUGACUGAAAUUACGAUUAGGAGCACAUCUAAAUAAUUCAAGUCCAUCAUAUGGGAUUUCUGAAGUGGAUUGAUUGCCCACAAAAAGGGUAGAGUAUUUGUCAAUCAGAAGAUUGGCAUUAGCUGUCAAAAAACUUCAUCUGCAGCUAAACAACAGUUAUAUCAAUUACAGGUAGUUUGUUUACCUUAUAGGGGGAAAUUGAUGCCUAGUAAUUUUUUGAGGAGAUAAAUGUCAAGAGGAUUUGUUUUGCUCAAAGGAGCCCCAUAUAUUUAAGUCUGAAGAGAGAGCAUGUUAUUUGCUGCAUGGAAAUUGGUAAUGUUGUUGGUAGUUGCCUGAGCAUGUUGAAUUGUGACUUGUGAGAAUGUGUUGUAGUCUAUUUAUGAUUCUAUGGUACAUUUAUAGCACUUAAAGUUUAAAAUAGAUAUCGAUGAUUUACAAGCGCACUUCCCAGGGUGAUGGUAACACUUGGUAAUAAAAAUGUGCACACAAU